AUGGCGAAGACCUUUUCCAUUAAUACUUUCUCACUCUCACUCUCUUUGCUUCUCCUCCUCAUCGCCACUUCCUUUCCCGGCGGCGCCGCUGCGCUAGAUUAUCCGCGGGAUGCAUUGAGGGACAUUAAUAAUAAGAUGAUCGUCGCAGGAGCAAUCUACCUCAUGCACAAUACCGACGGCAAUUUCCCUGUCUUUUUCACUAACGUGGGCCAAAGUGUAUGCCCGUCUUUCGUGGCCGUAGACACAUCUGAUCGCAUAGCCUUUCCACUGAGGAUCCUGCUAGCCGACCCCGGGGAAACUUUUGUUCGUCUCAAUGUUUCAGUCAGCUUCCAGUUUAAGAACACAGUAUACUGCGUCAAUAGCUCCGUAUGGCAGGUUGCCCUGCCGAGCCAAAACAUCAACGGUCAGCGUUUAAUAACACUUGGUGGAGAACAAGGCCCGCCCGGCUGCAACACAGUCCAAAACUGGUUCAAGAUCAAUAGGGACCCCAGAAAUGGCUACAAUAUUGUCUACGAUCCUAACGACGUCUGCAACAUCCCUGUCCAGCGCUAUUCGGUAGCCCCUGGCAUCAACAUUGUAAAUGAAGCUCGGAUUUUGCAACUAGUCAAUGGACGACCGAUGCAAGUAGUUUUCGAGCUGGCCAAUUCAAACGAUGAUUAA